CCCCAAAGCUCUCCCCCCACUCUUUUGCUUUCGUUUGCUUUCGUUUCAAUUUGCUGUCGACCAUGUUUAUGGAAGAGCUGAAGGCCUUUCGGAGGCUCGGUGUCCGCCACCUUCUUCUCCAAGCGCUCAAUUUCGCGUCCGUCAUUGCGUCUGGCUUGAUGAUAUGGAAAGGUCUUGGUCUCCUCACCAAUACUGAGUCCCCCAUUGUCGUCGUUCUGAGUGGUUCGAUGGAGCCCGCGUUCUACCGCGGAGACUUGCUUUUCCUCACCAACCCGUCCCAUGAACGGUACCAGAACGGCGACAUUACGGUGUACAAGAUUCCGGGCGCAGACAUCCCAAUUGUCCAUCGGGUGUUAGAGACACAUGAUGCUGUAUUCAAAGGGACGUAUGCCGUAGAUAAGCAGCGAUUGUUGACCAAGGGCGACAACAACCAAGUCAACGACAUCGAGUUGUAUCGAGGAUUGGACUAUCUGGAGCGCAAGCAUAUUGUCGGCAAAGUACGAGGGUUCCUACCGUAUAUCGGAUAUGUGACCAUCGCAAUGAAUGACUUCCCUCAACUCAAAUAUGCUCUCCUGGGGGGAUUGGGGUUAUUAGCUCUCAUCCAAAGAGAGUAGAUGCGUAGAGAUGGGAUUUAUUGUGUAUUAUAUAGCCUUGGUUUUUGGGUUCUUGAGCCAAGCGCCAUCCUUCCUCGCACCUGGUGAUGAGUCCUUGACUGACACAGACCUUCGGCCUAAGUACUGUCAUGACUGUUCGCUCAAAGCCGUUUUGAUGAGCUGAUGACCUUUUGAACCGGAUCCGUUUUGUUGCCCACCGCGAUCACCUUCAAGAGAGGAGACAUCAUCUCUUGUUCCGAAUGAUGUGACUGCAUCCUUGCAAGUAUCCACGACUCACACGCAGCAUGGUAGCCACGCUAUGGAUUGGUUUGGGAAACAUGGGACGGGGUAUGUGCAAGAACAUCGUGGAGAAAGCCAACCUAGACGGGCCUCUGAUGAUCUAUAACCGAUCGAUACAGCGCGCAGAAGCGCUCAGCCAGGCCCUGCCAUCCGGCAAGACCGAAAUCGUUGAAUCGAUCUCAGCAGGGGCGGCUAAAGCCGACGCAAUCUUCAUGUGUCUCGCCAACGACACGGUCGUGGAGGCGACGAUCGAAGAGAUAUUCAAGGCCGGCGGUGUGAGCGGCAAACUCAUCGUGGACUGCUCGACUGUGCACCCAGAUUUAAGCGACCGUCUCGGCAAGCUGAUCGUGGAGAAGGGCGGGGACUUCGUCGCGGCGCCGGUGUUCGGUGCGCCCGCGAUGGCGGACUCCGGUAUGUUGAUCGGCGUGCUCGCUGGGCCCGCAAAGGCGAUCGCACGCGCGCGGCCGUAUUUCAAAGGCGUGACGUCUCGCGUGGACAUCGAAAUGGCGGACGAGCCGUAUCACAAGUCCUCGCAGCUGAAGCUCAUCGGCAACUCGUUCAUACUCAACAUGGUCGAACAGCUCGCCGAGGGGCAUGUGUUGGCGGAGAAGACCGGGCUCGGGACUGCGCCCUUGACGCAGUGGAUCGAGGCGAUGUUCCCGGGACCUUACACCGCGUACUCCCAUCGCAUGCUCAGUGGGGACUACCACACACGCGCCGAGCCUUUGUUUGCCGUUGAUAUCGCGAUGAAGGACGCCAACCACAUGAGAAGCAUGGCGAAAGAGGCCGGGAUGACUCUCCCCAACAUCGAGACAGCAUUGGCCCACCUGGUCCAAGUCAAAGAGCAUACAGGACCUUCCGCCGACUUUGCUGCUAUAUAUGGCGCAGUCAGACAAGAGGCCGGCCUGAAAUUUGAAAACUAGACCUGUAUCCGUAGCUCGAGCUCAUGUAUAUUGAAUCAACGAAAGGAAGAACUGGACCCAAGUGCUGCUCAGGACUAGGGAUGGUUGCGAAUAUCAUACAUCGACAAUCCUCCAAAUAUAACAUUCCGUACAGAGUGAUAAAGUAUAUUAAUGUUCCACACAUCUCUACCAAACAAGCCAUUCUCCGUACAUAUUCGGCCGCUCGCCCCGAACAUAGGCUUCGAAUGUUCUCUUGAGCACCGCAGCCCAGUCCAAGUCCAGCUUGUCGUCCCCUACAGUCUCGGCAUCGUCGACUCGGAACUCUCGUCCCUCCGCCUCGGCAGCCGAUUUCCUCAGUGCUGUUUCACCAGCAGAGAAUUGUGGCCCCAGGUCUGGCCAGUUGCGAGUCGGAUCGAACGGUUUCCAC